AUGGACUCCAAGUAUGGCGAUCUGCGGCGAAGGAGGAACACCGUUCAACACGUCGAACAACUACGACAACAACAGGCCAUUCUUGACCGGCUCCUGGAGUUGAUCCGGAAUUCUGAGGCUGACGAGGCCAUCCAAGCCGUUAGAGAGGGCGCCACCUUCGAGGAGAUUGCUAAUGUACUUCUGAGGCCGCCAUCGGGAGCUGCUCCAUCCCAGACCGCGGCGAGUUCUUCCAGCGACACCGCCAGGGAAGAAUCGUCCCGCCAAGCAACGCCAGACAAGUCCGACGGCUCUGGAUCGGAUCGUCCAGCGUCCACAAGGUGUGCGAAGGAGUCCGAUGAGGCCACGGAGUAUGCUGUCAGAGUUCGGCGAGGGAAUCCCGAUGACGGCACUUCUCAUCCGGCACCUGAACCGAAGGAGAGAGCCAUGGAGCCUUCUCUUGCUGGGCCAAAAUUCCCCUCAGGUAUCCGGCAAGGAGAACAGACGUCCGCAAACCCAGUUUGGACAGGCUUGGCGACACGUCUUACCGCGGUGGAGCUAAGCAAGAUCAACAUGCCCAUCUUCAGUUGCGACCCAUACCACAUCGAAUCGGAUGACAUGUUGUCAAAGACAAUAUUGACUUUCCGAGAUGGAGCCCGGAAAGCAUUGCAGGGAAAUGCAAACGUCCACGACCUUAUCGGAUCCAAAAAACCAAACCUGGACCUAUUUUUCCGGCAGCGACGGGAAGGAGACCCCCACACUGCCUGGACUUGGGCCUGCGAGCUGGCGAAGGCGUAUCCUUUGCCGUUGACCGUGCAGCUGACGGGAAUAUUUGUUGCUGGAAUUCAAAUGCGGGUGGGUGUUGAGUUUACCCUCUACCGAGUGGCUCCUGAAUACUUAAGCGAAGACCAGUAUUUCAUUCAUCCAUGCAAAGAAACUUACGACGACUUGCCUGUUAUGCUUAGACCCACGAGGCAGCAAUACGCCCAACCACAUGCUGCAGGUGCGGACAUUUGUGCCAUACCUCCGAUCAAGCGGUAUCUUCUGUCUCACUGGGACUCGUACGCAUCGCUCCUAGACGCCGGUCAGUACCAUAACUGGCCGUACAGUAACCAAGCGUGUCUUGGGUGGGAUCGGACUAGAAAUAAACCAACUCUGUCCACGGCCUUCCUUGAACACAUAUCAGAUCCCAAAAACCACAGCGUCGGGGCCAAGAUCCUGGAACUCGUGCCAGAGGCUGCCCCGUAUGUUGUUCGAGCAGAAGAGUCCUCACGCCCUGAGGAUGCACAAUAA